AUGGAGAGGGAGCAGGCGGUUAGGGAGCAAGUGGCGAACCGUGGCCUGAUGGGAGACAGCUGGGUUCCCACAGACGCCUCGGAGCAGCAGCUGGACGACUCCUUCCAUCCUGACACCUUUGUCAAUGUUGGGAACUUUCUCAGCUCUCAAGAGUCCAGCGAACGGGCGCGGUCGACCUCUGAGACCUCCAGCCAGACCCCCCCCCCCGCCACCAUCGCCAGCGUGUCCACAGUUACCCAUGUGGUGGACCCGUCGGCACCGCUGACGUCUCUUCUUUCCGGCGGCAGCCGUGCCGGCCGCAUCGUCCUCGGGCUGCUGGCGGUUGUGGUGAUGCUGCUUGGGACUAACGCCUACUCUUACAAUCAGAGUCGCGCUUGGAAGGCCGAAACCUCAUCAUUGCGAGAGAAGGUCGGCAAGCUUGAGGCCGCCGCCCGCACCUCGGCAAGCAAACCAACGUGGUCCACAAGCACCUCCUCGACCACCUGCCCUGGGAGCCAGCUCAUUGACACGUGCUGGUUUAAGGUGGGGUGGGGCGACUGCGCCAACGAGGCGCUGGAGGACCCCGUAAAGCCCAUCGAGGACGCCUUUCGCUUCGCUUUGGAUUCCGCUUCUGGGGUCAUCGGCGCCGUAACAGAAACCUUCGCGAGUGACAUGAGCCAGGUUUGUGAUGCGGUGCGCGCCUUCGGCUCGUACCUCUUCGAACAAUAACGCCUGGCCUUCUUGUUGCUUCGCUAUCUUCGGCAUUUCGCUCGGCACAACAAUCCGCGCACGAACCACGAAAACGAGGGCAUCACUCUUGGUUAAAUUAUAAUAGCGCGACGUUGACGCUUAACAGGAGAAACCUGAUCGUGUUUUGUCUCGUCUGUUCUUUUUACCGUGCGGGCGGGGCUGGCGAGCCUCAGUUCCAACAGGAGGCAUCUGUUAUAGUGUAGAGUUAAUUGUUUGCUUUUUUGGUUCGUCAUGCAAAAUGAAGCAUGGCGUGCCUUUGGUCGACAGAGCUCCUCUACAGGAGUUGAUCACGUGUCUCACAAUACACAAAACUACUGUGUUUUUCAAGGCUUUUGGUUUAGCGCCGUCCCGUGGGGACUUCGAAUCGCUUGUCCAUUUCAUGUACUAAGAAUCUCGCAGCAGAAGGUGUCACUUUUAGCUACAUUUUCAUGCACAGCUGCUCCUGUUGGCAAAAUGUGU